GCUACCCGUAUAAAAGCUUUCCCAACUCCUUUUCCUCUUCCCUUUCCCUCUUCUAUCUUUUGCCGAUUAUUUUGUGCCAUUUUUCUGCUCCUAGAAAACUUCGUCGAGUUCAAGAAGAACACAAGGCAAUGACCUCCGAUCCAUGAAUCAUGUGGAAUAUCGUGGAAGCACCUGUUCUUUAGAUUGAUUGAUCUGGGGUUUUGUAUAAUGUCGACGAAUUCGGUGGCAAGCAUCCGAUCUAUGGUGGUUCUCUUUAGGAGAUUUGUUGACAUUUGGAGCUGGAACCUCUUCUCGGAAAAGGAAAGUUCAAUUUUUAGAGGGCUGUUAUUUGAAAAGGAGCAACUUUUUCUGAGUUGCAUUAAUGGCUCGGAAGGGAUCAGGUUACCCGGCACCGAAUCCUCACCCCCAUUGAUGAUGUUGGACGGAAUGCACGGAAGCAAGGCUAAUGGAUCUUCAACCGGUGGUGGCAACGAAGAUCCUGAGUCCUCGGAGAGCGUGAAGGAUGCGAGAGUCAGGAAACCCCCUCGACACCUCUCGGUCAUUCGGCAUUCCGUGAGCACUGCACGGCUGGGUUUGGAUUUGGGGACUCUUGCUUUGAUUUCUCCACAGGAAAGGCAGACUGGAUUCUUGCCUGUGUUCCGGUCGGGAAGCUGUUCAGAGAUCGGGCCCAAGUCACACAUGGAGGAUGAGCACAUCUGCAUAGAUAAUCUUGUCGAACAUCUUAGAGCUUCCCCCAGUUUCCCAUCUCCUGGUGCUUUUUAUGGAGUUUUUGAUGGACAUGGUGGUGUGGAUGCAGCAUAUUUUGUUCGAAAUAAUAUCCUUAAGUACAUAAUUGAGGACGGCCAUUUCCCGUCUAGUGUGGAGAAGGCCAUAAAGAGUGCAUUUAUUAAAGCUGAUUAUGCGCUUGCUGAUUCCCAUUCACUUGAUCGCACUUCUGGAACUACAGCACUUACUGCCCUUAUUUUGGGAAGGUCGUUGCUCAUUGCUAAUGCAGGUGAUUGCCGAGCUGUAUUAGGGAAGCGUGGCAGAGCAAUCGAACUUUCCAGAGACCAUAAACCUAACUGCAAUGCUGAACGGCUUAGAAUUGAGAAGCUAGGUGGCAGUGUUUACGACGGAUAUCUUAAUGGUCAGCUAUCUGUAGCAAGGGCUCUCGGUGACUGGCACAUGAAGGGCUCCAAAGGUUCUGCGUGCCCCCUUAGCGCUGAACCAGAGUUACAGGAAGCAAUCCUAACAGAAGAGGAUGAGUUUUUAGUAAUAGGCUGUGAUGGCCUUUGGGAUGUCAUGAGCAGUCAAUGUGCAGUGACGAUAACUAGGAAGGAGCUGAUGCUUCACAAUGAUCCUGAGAAAUGCUCGAGAGAGCUUGUGCGAGAAGCGCUGAAGCGGAACACUUGUGACAAUCUAACUGUCGUGGUCAUCUGCUUUACUCCAGAUCCGCCACCGCCCAUUGAGAUCCCGAGGACUCGAGUUCGAAGGAGCAUAUCCUUAGAAGGUCUACAUGUCCUAAAGGGUGCUCUGGACGGCAACAUUUGAUGCUAAACUUUUAGUUCCCCAUUCUUCCAUUCUGUAGCCUGUAAAGAAUGGAGGCUCUCGACAUAUUUGGCCUCCAUUUCCAAAUAAAUCAUGUCGGCUGGUGUAUUUUCAAUGAGGCUGUAGGUAAAUUUUGUAGAUUUGAAAUUUAAGUUUCUAUGAAUAACAUUUGAUGAGUCUGUAACUUAAAUCAAUUUGCCUUUAUAAGUAUUAUUUCCUUUGAUUUUGCUGCCC